AUGUCUCUUCUUUCAAAUGCUGACAAGGAUCAUCUUAUGCAGCAACGCCUUAUUGUUCCUAUAGAUUUUAGCUCAAUCCAAAGGGUUCCUGAAUCUCAUAUAGGGGCACAAUGUUUUGACGAUUCAAAAAUCAACCCUGAUAAUGAGAAAUCGGGGGCUUCAAUCUCUAUUCCAAUAAUUGAUCUUGAAGAUCCUAAGGCUUUAGGCCUCAUUUUUAAUGUGUGUGAGACAUGGGGGAUGUUUCAAGUCAUAAAUCAUGGGGUUUCUAAGGAGUUAUUAGAUCAAGUCGAGUUUCAAACCAAAAAAUUAUUCAAUCUUCCAUUUGAGAAAAAGAUGAAGGUUUUACGAGCCCCUGGUGAAGAUACUGGAUAUGGUUAUCCUAGACUUGCUUUAUUCUUCAGCAAGCAAAUGUGGAAUGAAGGGUUCACUAUCAUGGGUAACUCUUAUCAUCAUCACCCUAAGAAACUUUGGCCUAAUAGUUUUGAAAGUUUUUGUGAAGUGAUAUUUGAGUACCAGACAAAGAUGAAUGACCUUGGUGACAAACUCAAGAGUUUGAUUUUCAAAUCACUUAACAUUCCUACACCUGAAGAAGCUACACUUAAAGACCAUAAUUAUGCAAUUCAUCUCAACUCGUACCCGCCAUGCCCUGAUUCAUCCCAAACAAUGGGCAUAGGGCCCCACACAGAUACUCUCCUCUUUACAAUCCUCCACCAAAGUGGCAAUGCAAGUGGACUCCAAGUAUACAAAGACGAAUUUGGUAGUGGGUGGGUCUCAUUCAACCCACAUCCAGGUGCUUUGGUGGUAAAUGUGGCAGACCUUUUACACAUAAUUUCAAAUGUAAGAUUUCCAAGUGCAAUUCAUAGGGCAGUUGUCAACAAUAAACAAAAACAAAGGUUAUCCUUUGCAUACUUUUAUGGCCUUCCAGUAGACUUUGAAGUCUCUCCCUUUUUGGACUAUCCAAAUUGUGAGGGUCUUAAAUUUAAGCCUAUAAAGGUGAAAGAAUAUGCAAUCCUUAAGUUGAAGUACUUAGAUUUGGCACUCUCCUUUGUUAGGAAAAGUGGCUAG